CUUAUCCAUCUUUGGAGUUACCAAUGGAGUUGAGACUUACUGUGUCAAUCUGAAAAAUGAAUCAUGCAGCUGCAGAAAAUGGGAGUUGUCUGGAAUCCCAUGCAGUCAUGUUAUCUCUUGCAUUUGGAGCAUUAGGAAAAAACCUGAAGGAUAUGUGUCUCCAUAUUAUAGCAAGCUUACAUUUGGAAAGUGCUAUGCUAACAUUGUGUUUCCAAAUAAUGGACCACAACUUUGGAACAAUGUUGACCAUUUGCCAAUGUCUCCUCCUGUCAUGAGAAGGGCAAUUGGCCGCCCUAAGAAGAUGAGGAACAAAACAUCUGAUGAGCCAAAGAAUCCCUUUGUUCUUCCUAAGAAGUUUGGAACUGUCACUUGCAACAAAUGUGGACAAGCUGGACACAACAAGAGGAGCUGUAAGGGAAAGAGGGCAGCUGAUAGGCAGAUACCUAAAGGGGGCAACAAGGCAAAGAAAGCUAAGACAACCAAUAAGGCAAAGAAGAGUAAGGGAAAAGAAAAACCAGUUGAGAUUGGUCAAGGAUCUCAGGCACCUCAACCAACUCAGGAUUAGGAGGCAAUGAUGCCUUUCUUUUUGAA